CUCUAAGGUAGGAUUUAGAACUGACUUACACGUGAAUUCUGGUGUAUGAAGUAAUGUUUGCAGUAGUGUAUUAAGGUGGCAUGUUCCACCUUGAUCUAAUAAUCCAGUAAGUUUAUGUCUUGAUUUCCAUAACCAUGGGAAAUCUGUAUCUAGUGUAUUUUGUUCGAUAGAGAUUUCUGAUUCAUUUUUAGUCAAGUGACUUGAAGGCAAGAUACGUUCGAAUCUUGCAUUUUCUUCACUUCAACCAGAACCUUUCCUAUACUAUUAGAUAGGUUAAUGAAUUAAAAUAUGCGGAGAAAUCAAUAAUUUUGAUCAAUAUUGUAUUUCGUGUGCAAGAAUCAUGACUGAUUACUUACAGGAAGUAACUAAAACACCGGAAAAAAAGAGAAAAUUAUCAAAAUUAUUCUUGAAUAAAAUUGAAAAAAUAACAAAAUCUGAUGAUAAAUAUUUAGAUUCACAGGUUAAUACUUAUCAAUCAAAUAAAUUAAUGUAUAGUGAAUUUUUCCAAUUUUUUGAACAAUGGUAUCAUAAAAAUGAAAGAAAAUAUAUACAAUACUUAUCAAUAUACAAUCGUGAGUUUAUAACAAAAGUUGAAUUUAAAUUAGCAUUGAAAGAUUUAAAUAUACCAUUGAAUAAUGUUCAAUUACACAUGAUUUAUAAAUGGUUAGAUCCUGAAAAUACUGGUUUAGUUGAAUAUAUUAGACUAUAUGAAGUAUUCUGUCGAGUAUUAGUUAAAUACUAUACAGAAGAUAUUGAAGAUGAGAUAUAUGAAAUGAAUCUUGAAGAUACUGAAAAAUGGAUUAUGAUGACAUUUAAACAAUCCACAUAUAAUCGAUUAGAUAUGCCAACAUCAUUUAAACAAUUAAUACAUUUAGAUUAUACAGGAAGUAUGCUAAUUCAGUUAAUCUAUUUAAAAAUACCACAAUUACCAUCAUAUAAACUAGUAUUAUUUACUGAUCCAGUAUAUUAUAAUAAAACAAUUAUACAUUUUAAUCAAAAAUUAUAUGAUUUUGAUUUUAUUGGUGGUUCAAAAAUUACCCCAACUGAAGGUACAAUCUAUUAUGACUAUUCAAUGGGUUAUAUUGAUGCUCCAUUAUUGUUGAAUAGAGAAAUAGAUGAAAGUAGUAAUUUAUUAUCCACUUUAAAUAAUCAACAAUCAAAGCAAAACUCUCAACAAGAAAAUAAUGACCAACAGUCUGUAGAUAGUCUAUAUACAUAA